AUGGAUGGAUGUCAACGAGCGAACUGUACGGCUGAUCUGUGUCACAAUGGUGGUACAUGUAUUCCUUUCCGGAAUGGAACGGAAGACAUUUGUGAAUGCGCACCUGGUUUCACUGGAUCCAAAUGCCAAUACGAUAUCAAUGAGUGUAUAGCGGAUAACGGUGGCUGCCAUCACGACUGUGUGAACACGAUCGGAACGUUCUACUGUAGAUGUUGGUCAGGGUUUGAGCUGGAGGAAAAUGGAAAACACUGCAAAGACAUUGACGAAUGUGCGAUCUCAAAUGGCGGAUGCUCUCACCGAUGUACUCAAACAGCUGUGCUGCCGACAACGGAGGCUGUGACCACUUAUGCGAGGAGAAGCAUGGUCGUUUCUAUAGAUGCAAAUGCAAAGCAUGGCUAUCGGCUUGGUGUGGACAAGAAGAAAUGUCACCCAAUCGAUCCAUGUUUGGAAAAGAAAGGUGGCUGUCAGCAUCACUGUGUGAACGAGAACGGACGUGCACGGUGUCAAUGCUUCGCUGGAUUCCACCUGGGUUACGAUAGGAAAACUUGC